GAAAAUGAAGGAAGUUGCGAUGGGUUGAACUUCAGCUUCGACGACAGAAUUCUGGACACUACUAACACCACACAGCAGUCACGGUACGAACGCAUCCUCGGCUCCGAACACUCUGGACGACGUAUACUGAUUUCCAUUGUGAAGAUGGUCGCCGCAAAGCCACAUGUCCCGAUCGUGAAGAAGCGCACUGCGCGCUUCAACCGCCACCAGUCCGAUCGCUUCAUGCGAGUCGACCCAUCAUGGAGAAAGCCAAAGGGUAUCGACAACCGUGUCCGCAGACGCUUCAGCGGUCAGGCUGCUAUGCCAAAGAUCGGCUACGGUAGCAACAGGAAGACCCGCCACAUGAUGCCAUCCGGCCACAAGGCCUUCCUCGUGAACAACACCCGCGACCUCGAGCUCCUCCUCAUGCACAACCGAACCUACGCCGCAGAGAUCGCACACGCCGUGUCCUCGCGCAAGCGGAUAGAAAUCGUCGCACGUGCCAAGCAGCUUGGUGUCAAGGUCACCAACGGCAAGGCCAAGAUCACCACCGAGUCGUAG